AUGGCUGCUAACUCUCAACAGUUUGCUACUAGACAAAAUUCAAUUAUAACCAGAGGGGUUAAUGAAGUGCAAACUACAAACCCAAACAAGUUGGAGCACAAAAUUGAUGAACUUACAUCCAUGAUCAAUUGUGAAUCCAAAAACGUGAGUGCCAUCACCUUGAAAUCAAGAAAGAGCAUUCCAGGACCUAAACAGCAGAGAGAAGAAGAGGAUAACAGUAGCACCACUAUUGCAGCAAAUGAAAACAAAGAAGAAAACAACCCAGCCGCUACAGAACCCGUAUUUGUCCACCAUUCUACUCCCAUAAGUGCAGCACAAAAUCCAAAAAAAAUUGGUCCUCUUCCUUUCCCCAGAGAACAGUCUAGCACAGCAGGAAAAUGGAAGAGAUGGAUAAGGAAAUCUUGGAAAUAUUCAAAAAAGAGGCAUUUGAAGGGUAACGAGAGAGUAAAUGUGGGAAGAAUUGUGUCAGCCUUAUUUGAAAGGCCAAAAACAACCAUUCCUGAGAAGUGCAAAGACCCAGAAACAUUCACCAUUCCUUGCACCAUAGGCAGUAACAAGUUUAAUAAUGCUAUGCUUGAUUUAGGAGCAUCCAUUAAUAUUAUGCCUUUAUCUAUUUUCACUUCUUUAUCUCUUGAUUUCUACAUAUUGAAAAUGGAAGGAGGACAUCCAUUGAAUAGUGCAGCACCCAUCAUCUUGGGUAGGCCUUUCUUGAAGACAGCCACGAUGAAAAUUGAUGCUCAUGCAGGCACGCUUACUAUGGAAUUUGGAGAUAGCAUUGUCCAUUUCAAUAUUUUGGAUAACAUGAAACACCCCAUUGAGGACCAUUCGAUAUUCCACAUAGAUUUGUUUGUUGAAUUUGUUGAUAAUAGCUUGUCUGAAUUUUUAGGAAAUGAUGAUCUCCUUAAUUCUUCUUGCUGCACUAAGACAUAUGCUUGUAAUUCAUGUAGUGAUUCUUCCAUGUGCAGUGCUUAUGCUGAAGAAGAUGAACUUUUAAUUGUUAAUUCUGCAAAUUUUAAUGUUGAUGAAGCCGCAAAAUUCAUGGGGUCAGAAUGUAACAACUUGAUUACAACAACUACAAACAUAUCUGACCAUAGUGAUUUACAUAUUGCAAAAAUUUCAGCAAACAGCAACACCAAACUGCUUCCUUCCAUAGAACAACCACCCAUAUUGGAGCUGAAACCUCUAGCUGAACAUUUGAAGUAUGCCUAUUUGAGGUAG